AUGUCCAGCUACGGCGGUGAUCGCGGCGGUCGCUCUGGCGGCUACAGUGGUGGUGGCGGCGGUGGCCGUGGAGGCUACGGACGUGAUCGUGACGAUCGCGGUGAUCGCAACGGCGGCGGCGGCUACGGUGGUGGUUUCGGCGGAGGUCGCAGCAAUGGCUACUCCAACGGCGGAUCCAACGGCUAUGGUGGUGGUGGUGGUGGUUAUGGCAGCGGUGGCUAUGGCGGCAGCGGUGGUUACGGCGGCGGCGGCGGUGGUGACCGCAUGUCUGCUCUCGGCUCCGGUCUGCGUAAACAGGAAUGGGAUUUCUCUACCCUGCCCAAGUUCGAGAAGGAUUUUUACAAAGUUAACAGCGAUGUUGAGAACCGCUCUGAUGCCGAGGUUCAGGCUUUCCGCACCAAGCACCAGAUGACCAUUGCUGGUAACAACGUUCCCAAGCCUGUAGAGACCUUUGACGAGGCUGGGUUUCCCCGCUACGUUAUGGAUGAAGUCAAGGCUCAGGGUUUCCCUGCUCCCACUGCCAUUCAGUCUCAGGGCUGGCCUAUGGCUCUCUCCGGUCGCGAUGUUGUCGGUAUUGCCGAGACUGGCUCCGGCAAGACCCUUACCUACUGUCUUCCCGCCAUUGUCCAUAUCAAUGCGCAGCCCCUCCUUGCCCCUGGCGAUGGCCCCAUUGUCCUGGUUCUCGCUCCCACCCGAGAACUUGCUGUUCAGAUUCAGCAGGAAAUCACCAAGUUUGGUCGCUCUUCCCGCAUUCGCAACACCUGCGUCUACGGUGGUGUCCCCAAGGGCCCUCAAAUUCGUGACCUUUCUCGCGGUGUCGAGGUCUGCAUUGCCACUCCCGGCCGUCUGAUUGACAUGCUUGAAGCUGGAAAGACCAACCUGCGCCGUGUCACCUACCUCGUACUCGACGAGGCUGAUCGCAUGCUUGACAUGGGUUUCGAACCCCAGAUCCGCAAGAUCAUUGAGCAGAUUCGCCCGGACCGCCAGACUCUCAUGUGGUCUGCUACCUGGCCCAAGGAAGUCCGCGCAAUGGCUUCCGACUUCCUUCAGGACUUUAUUCAGGUCAACAUUGGUUCCAUGGACCUCGCUGCCAACCACAGAAUUACUCAGAUUGUCGAGGUUGUUAGCGACAUGGAGAAGCGUGACCGCAUGAUCAAGCACCUUGAGAAGGUCAUGGAGAACAAGGAGAACAAGAUUCUCAUCUUUGUGGGCACCAAGCGUGUCGCCGACGACAUUACCCGAUUCCUUCGCCAGGACGGAUGGCCCGCCCUUUCGAUCCACGGUGACAAGCAACAAAACGAGCGCGACUGGGUCCUCGACCAGUUCAAGACCAACAAGAGCCCCAUCAUGGUGGCCACUGACGUGGCCUCGCGUGGUAUUGAUGUUCGUAACAUUACCCAUGUGCUCAACUACGACUACCCCAACAAUUCGGAGGACUAUAUUCAUCGUAUUGGUCGUACCGGACGUGCCGGCGCCAACGGCACUGCCAUUACGUUCUUUACCACUGACAACCAGAAGCAGGCUCGUGAGCUUGUGAAUGUUCUUCAGGAGGCGAAGCAGCAGAUUGACCCUCGUCUGGCUGAGAUGGCUCGCUUCGGUGGCGGCGGUGGCGGCCGUGGUUAUGGCGGCUGGGGACGUGGUCGCGGCGGUGGUGGCAGAGGUGGUAACAACGCCAACAACAUGCCGCUACGCAGCCGUCGCUGGUGA